AUGGAGUUGACUUUUGCAUAAAAGUAUAGAUUUACUCUGGAUAAGAAAAUAGGAAUUGGAGCAUUCGGCUAAAUCUAUUUGGGAAACAAUAUCAAAACUGGUGAAGAAAUAGCAAUCAAACUAGAAAACGUGACCAAUAACCAUUCUUAAUUGUUACAUGAAGCCAAAAUUUAUAGAAUCUUAUUGCUUGAUGGUCCAGUACCUGGAAUUCCAAAUUUACAUUGGUUUGGAUAGGAAGGAGAUUUUAAUGUGUUAGUCAUGGAUAUACUUGGACCAAGUUUGGAAGACUUGUUCAAUUACAAUGGAAGAAAAUUCUCACUUAAAUCUGUUUUAAUGUUAGCUGAUCAAUUACUAACAAGAAUUUCCUACUUGCAUAACAAAGACUUUAUUCAUAGAGAUAUCAAACCUGAGAAUUUCUUAAUUGGCCUCAACAAAAAGGCAGACAACAUUUAUAUGAUUGACUUUGGUUUGGCUAAAAGAUAUAGAUAUCAAAGGACAGAAACACAUAUCUAAUAUGGCGAAAAUAAUCAAUUGGUAGGCACAUGUAGGUUUUCUAGCAUCAAUGCUCAUUUGGGAAUUGAGCAAAGCAGAAGAGAUGAUUUGGAGUCUAUAGGCUAUAUGCUCAUUUAUUUUUUAAGAGGAUCUCUACCCUGGUCAGGAAUCAAGACAGAAACCAAGAAAGCAAAGUAUGAAAAGGUUGGUGAAUGCAAGAUUGCUACUCCAAUAGAUAAAUUAUGCGAAGGAUUCCCUGAGGAGUUUGUUAAAUACUUUAAUUACAUUAAGAGUUUAAAAUUCGAAGAAAUACCUGAUUAUGUUUGGAUUAAGAGAUUAUUCAAAGAUCUAUUUAUUAAAUAGGAAUACACAUGGGAUAAUGUGUUCGAUUGGGCCUAAGAGUCUAAAUGA